CUUGACCUGCUGUCCCAGCACCCGGCGCUUUCACUCCGUUCCGCUGCUGACAUGCUGCGGACGCGCGGGCUCAGGCCUGGCGCUCAGCUGUUCCUGGUCGCGCUGGGCCUUGGGUGGCGCGGGCCGGCAGGUCGAACGGCGUGCGCGGGGCGUGGGCGUGACUGGCAGCAGCCGGAGGGCCAGGACACGGGCGUGCGGGUGCACAACAGCCUUACGGGCAGGAAGGACCCGCUGAUCGUGGCCCGCGCGGACGCAGUCUCCUGGUACAGCUGUGGACCAACUGUGUACGACCAUGCACACCUUGGCCAUGCCUGCUCAUACGUUAGAUUUGAUAUCAUCCGAAGGAUUCUGACCAAGGUGUUUGGAUGCAAUGUGGUCAUGGCGAUGAGCAUCACAGAUGUGGAUGAUAAAAUAAUCAAAAGAGCUAAUGAGAUGAAUGUGUCACCUGCUUCUCUCGCCAGUCUUUAUGAGGAAGAUUUUAAGCAGGACAUGGCGGCCCUGAAGGUUCUCCCGCCCACAGUGUACUUGAGAGUCACCGAAAAUAUCCCUCAGAUUAUUUCUUUUAUCAAGGGCAUCAUGGCUCAUGGUCAUGCAUAUUCGACAGCCAAAGGCAGUGUCUACUUCGAUCUGCGCUCAAGAGGGGACAAGUAUGGUAAACUCGUCAAUGUGACGCCCGGUGCGACUGGAGAACCAGCAGUUGACUCUGACAAGCGACAUGCUAACGACUUCGCAUUGUGGAAGGCAGCCAAGCCUCAGGAGGUGUUCUGGGCCUCACCGUGGGGGGACGGAAGACCUGGCUGGCACAUUGAGUGUUCCGCCAUGGCCAGCGAGGUGUUUGGAAGUCAACUGGACAUCCACACAGGUGGCAUAGACUUGGCUUUCCCACAUCAUGAAAAUGAAAUUGCACAGAGUGAGGUCUUCCACCAGUGUCCACAAUGGGGAAACUACUUUCUGCAUUCUGGGCAUUUGCAUGUGAAAGGCAACGAAGAAAAAAUGUCCAAAUCCUUAAAAAAUUACAUCACCAUUAAGGACUUCCUGCAGACCUUCUCCCCUGACGUCUUCCGGCUUUUCUGCAUGCGUACCAACUACAGGUCAGCCAUUGAAUACAGUGACAGUACCUUGCUGGAAGCCAAACACCUUCUGCUGGGGCUGGUCUCUUCUGUGGAGGAUGCACGCGCCUAUGUGAAAGGGCAGCUGGUCUGUGGCUCUGUCAGGGAAGAUGUGCUGUGGGAGAGGCUCACCAGCACCAAGGAGACUGUGAAGACUGCACUGGCUGAUGACUUUGACACAUCCAAGGCAAUGAAUGCCAUCCUGGACCUUGUGCACCAUGCUAACAGACAGCUCAAGGCAGUCACUAAGGGGGCUGGUGGCCCAAGAAGCCCCACUGUGUUUGGCGCCAUCAUCUCCUACGUGGAGCAAUUUUUUGAGACUGUUGGGAUUUCUCUGGCAAAUCAACAGUGUGUUUCAGGAGACAGCAGUGCAGCAACUCUGCACAGUGUGGUGGAUGAGCUGGUGCACUUCCGGCAGAAGGUCCGCCAGUAUGCACUGACCACACCUGAGGCCACUGGGGAGGCCCGAAGACAGCAGCUCCAGGAGAGGCAGCCGUUGCUGGAGGCCUGUGAUACCUUGCGCCAGGACCUUGCUGCCCACGGCAUCAACAUUAAGGACAGAAGCAGCACAACUUCCACAUGGGAACUGCUGGAUCCAAGAACAAAUCGCCGGGAAACCAGGAGCUGAGGAGGGCAGCCUCAGGCUCUUCCUGUCCUGCCAUGGUACCUGCUCUUUUGUGAUGAAAACUUUAUAUUAAAGUUUCUGACUGUGGCUGUUCAGCCAACAUUAAAGUGAGCCAGUGCUGUCCACUGGUGUCUGUCUUGAA